AUGAGCUAUAUUGUAUUUGAACCUGGCAGAACUGUUUGUAGAGCUGCAUUUGCUGGCAAUCUUCUACCAGUAAUAGAAAUUCCUACUGUGUGCUGCUUAAUAACUGAGAUACAAAGUUCAACACUCAAGUGCACUAUAUCUCAAGCCCACGGUUUACUUAUAGGAGAUGAUGCAGUAAAGCAUGUAGAAGCAAAUGUAAAUUCGAAACUGGUAUAUCCAGUAUCAAGAGAUUUUGCUAGUGCGAAUUGGGAACUGCUUGAACUUAUCUGGGAUAGAACAAUAGAAAUGCUUCAGAUGCCUAAGUCUGCUGACAAUUACUGUUUACUUACUGCUUGUCCAUUCUCUGGAAGUGUUAUUUUAAAGGAGAAAAUCAAAAAGUGGUCACUCAAGCUUCGAUUUAAGAAGACAAUAUUUGUAUCAUCUCAUAUAUUGACACUUUAUCCUUAUGGGCUAGAUACAGCGGUUGUAGUAGAUAUUGGGACCUUUUGGACAACAAUUGUACCUAUAAUUAAUGGUAUUUCAUACAAUAACGCAGUUUGCUCCAUGCCAAUUGGUGGAAAGACUGCAGAGGAAUAUCUCGGAAUAUUGCUGGCAAAGAGAGGUCUAGUAAUAAGUGGCGAUAAAUACUGUGAAUCCCAAAUUAGCACUUUAAUAUUACAAAAGAUACUUAGAGAAAAAUGCUUUGUUAGUGUAGAUGAAGCUAAAACAAGGGAAUUAUUGGCGACAACGACAACUUUCUUAGAUUAUAUAAAAUUUUGUGGGAAAGGUAUACUAAUAGAAGAAGAAAGAUUCCUUGUGACUGAGAAUGUCUUUUUCUGUCCACAUCAUAUAGGCUAUGAGUCAUUGUCUAUAUGCGAGGCGAUAUUAGAUGUUGUAUCAAAGUGUCCAGUGGAUACAAGGUUAUCACUUCUGGAAAAUAUAAUUCUGUGUGGUGGGAGCUCCUUAUUUUUAGGUUUCCCACAGCGACUACAAAUGAAUAUUAAAAAACGGUUUUUAGAUACUACCCUUAAGGGUGAUACAGAACGUUUUGAAAAAUACAAUAUCAAUGUUAUAGAUGACCCACUCCGUGACUUGGCUUGCUUUAAAGGUGGUUGUUUAUAUGCUGAGCUAUUAACUUCAAGAUGUGAUGAUAAAUACGGAGAUUGA